CCCGCCUCGGACGCUUGGAACCGUCGCGUCUGUGUCGCCUGUCGCCCAUCGCCUGCCGCCGCUGCCAGACACCAGCAGCCAUGAGCGCGCCCGGCCCCGGUGUAGUCUGCUGUCCUCUAGAUUAGUGCUCUCCGCCACGACGGUCCGCAGCAUGGAGUCUCCCGCCGCGAGCCCACCGGCCAGCUUGCCUCAGACCAAAGUUCAGACAUGUGGAUCAGCCUUCCAUGUGGGUUUCGAGCAUGGAACUGAGAUCAUCCGGCUUGAUAGAAAAUCCAAAAGGAAAAAGGAUUUACGGAUAAACUGUGUGUCCAAGCCACCUGUGUCCAAUCCCACACCCCCCCGGAACCUGGACUCCCGGACCUUCAUCACUAUCGGAGACAGAAACUUCGAAGUGGAGGCUGAUGACUUGGUGACCAUCUCAGAGCUGGGCCGUGGAGCCUAUGGGGUGGUGGAGAAGGUGCGGCAUGCUCAGAGUGGUACCAUUAUGGCUGUCAAGCGCAUCCGGGCCACCGUGAACUCACAGGAGCAGAAACGUCUGCUCAUGGACCUAGACAUCAACAUGCGCACGGUCGACUGCUUCUACACUGUCACCUUCUAUGGGGCCCUCUUCAGAGAGGGGGAUGUGUGGAUCUGCAUGGAGCUCAUGGACACUUCCCUGGAUAAGUUCUACCGGAAGGUGCUGGAGAAGAACAUGAAAAUUCCGGAAGACAUUCUGGGGGAGAUUGCUGUGUCUAUCGUGCGGGCCCUGGAACACCUGCACAGCAAGCUGUCUGUGAUCCACAGAGAUGUGAAGCCAUCCAAUGUCCUCAUCAACAAGGAGGGGCACGUGAAGAUGUGCGACUUUGGCAUCAGUGGCUACCUGGUGGACUCUGUGGCAAAGACGAUGGAUGCUGGCUGCAAGCCUUACAUGGCCCCUGAGAGGAUCAACCCUGAGCUGAAUCAGAAGGGCUACAAUGUCAAGUCUGAUGUCUGGAGCCUCGGCAUCACCAUGAUUGAGAUGGCCAUUCUGCGAUUCCCUUACGAGUCUUGGGGGACACCGUUCCAGCAGUUGAAGCAGGUGGUGGAGGAGCCAUCCCCACAGCUCCCAGCAGACCAGUUCUCCCCUGAGUUUGUGGACUUCACUAGCCAGUGCCUAAGGAAGAACCCUGCGGAGCGCAUGAGCUACCUGGAGCUGAUGGAACACCCGUUCUUCACCCUGCACAAAACUAAGAAGACGGACAUUGCUGCCUUUGUGAAGGAGAUCCUGGGAGAGGAUUCAUAGGGACUGGCCUGGGACCCCACUAGUCUGCCAGCAUCCAUACACCUGUGCUGGAGCAGCACCUACCUACAGCCAUAAGCUACUGCCAUUCUGGUCCUGGGCAUUCGAGAAAUUAAGGGGGUUGUUCCUGUCUGUCUCUGCAACUAGCUGUCCCAAGUGCCAAAGAAUCAGACCUCAGGGGCUCCCAGCCAGGCUAUAUGUGCCCCACAGUGCCUCUGCUGUUGCUGUUCCCAGGGUCUCAGGCCUCUACCCAAGGGAUGAAUUUUGAGGGGCCUUUGUACCUCAGCAAAUGUUGUUGCUUCUUGAAGAGCAGGCAGCCGGUGCCUGUGUGGACAGGCCAUAGCCUUGGUACUGUCCUGGAUGCCAUCCAGGUUGUAUAUAUAUUUUAAAUCACUGAAUGAAUGGACUUUCUACACUGUGGCCUGGAUCAGGGACGUCUCUAUCCUGUCUCAGGUGCUGAGGACACGCUAUGGGGAUGAGCCAUGUGAAUCCCCUAAGACUUUCCUGAGAGAUGUGUUGAGCUCCCCAAGGCCUUCACCCAGCACUGGCCAAUGGUCUCUGAGGGGCACACUGCCCUCAGAUAGCUCCUGGUCACCACCUCUGGUGGCAUCUGCCUUUCUGACUUCACCCAGCACUGGCCAAUGGUCUCUGAAGGGCACACUGCCCUCAGAUAGCCCCUGGUCACCACCUUUGGUGGUAUCUACCUUUCUUUUUGAACUAUUAUCCCUGUUGCCUUUUGCUUUGUGGGUGUUGCUGGUUUUUCUUGCAUGGUUUGGAGCUGAUCACUUAACCCUGGGUACUAGGAGGCUCACAGCUGCCCAGUGCUCAGACCGGAGUUUGCAGGAUGGCUCAAGCUCUUUGCUCAAGGCCAUGAGGGAGCUGUACCAACUCUCCAGGUGUGACCAGCACAUGGAAGCUAAUAGGUUUACUUUGGUGGUGUUUUUAAAAAAAAAAAAAAAGAAGAAGAAGAAGAAAAUAUAUUUUUGUGAAGAAAGGCCUGCCUAUUCUAGCCUUUUCCUGGGCAGGAACCUAUUGCUGUUUUAAUUAAAAAACAAACCAAAAAAAAAAAAAAAAAAC